GUCGCUUCCUCUGCUGUCUCUAAACUCAAUCCAGAGUAGGCGGCACUGACUGCGCUUCACACCAGAUGAUCUAAUAGAGAAAUACCAUCCAUGAUGCCCGGUCUGUUCCUCCGUGCACAAGAGAAGAGCUUAUGAGCUUUUCAUCUCUCUUAUGCGAGCGGUAGAGUGUAUUAAGAGGAUGGAGAUCCUGCGCGCAGCAUCCGUCUCUCUGGCUUUGUGAAACGCACGGUGGACUGGAAGAGCCGUACGGCAGGACGUGUGUGUAUGUGUGUGUAUUCCGCUCAGUGGGAUGUUUGCAGAUAUCCCCAAGGUGCUUAUACUGGGGGCCAUCGCAGCGGCCUCUGCCUUUGUGGUCACCAUCCUUAUCGUACUGGUGUGUGUGGGGUGUCAGAGAAAAAGCAAAAGCAAACAUGGCCACACUAACGGAGCGGGUCAGAAAACCGAAACAGCUGCUCUGCGCCAGUCCAAGAUGAAGUCCAUGAGCAAAUCUGACACCCGCCUGAACGAUAUGAACCGACUGCCAUGCAACUCAAAUGGCGCUCCCAAGAGUCGGCCAGCCAGCAUGGACCUCUUCCUCAUGCACACCCCCCGCUCCAAUUCUGACCUUCGACCCCUGAGCACCAGUUGCCAGAUGCCUCCCGCGCCCGCCGGCCCCGAGAGCGAGCGUGAGCACACCUACUCCGAAGUCGGUUGUCGAUCCUCUCCCGCGCUUCACCCCGUAGACGACGGGCUGUACGAGAGUGUGGGGAUCAAAGGGGCGGGGUCUGAUGCCUCUGCCCCGCCCUCUGUCCCUACCCAGACAUCGACCAACACGCCCACUCUUCUCCACCCACACAGCCCAAAGUUUGAGGGGAAAGGGCGAGGUAGAGGAGGUGUGAACGGCACGAGUCCUGAGGUGACGGCGGAGUACGCCUCGAUACGGAAGGUGAAGAAGCUGGAGCGCUGCCGGAGAGAAGAAGUGCUAGAUGAUGGGGCGAGAGAGCAGCAUAGCCUUUCCAGUACUGAGUCCUCUAGCGGCACGCUGCACCGGAAAACAGUGGAACCAUUUCAUCUGCCCACUUUCCCAAAGGAGGCAGUCUUCAUGGGCAAUGGUGAGCAGUACAUUUGGAAGCCACCAGAAGAAGAUGAGAUCAAUCUGUCAGGAGUUGGUCCGCUGGAGAAUGGCCACAGUCAUCCCACGGCUGUGGAGAUCUCUGACAUGUACUCCACCGUUUGUAAGACCCUGAAGAGGAGACAUCAGCAGGGUCAGAGCCAAGAGGAUAGCAGGCCGACGGGCUCCGCUCUGUCCCAAGAUGUGGAGCAGGGCUCUGUUGGCUUGCCCGCUGGCGGUGCUACCAGCGAAGAGCCUUGGGGAAGUAGUUGCCCCCAGGAUGAGCAUUGCUAUGAACCGGUGGGCGAGAAGACUUGGCCACGGGGCCAGUCGCUAGAGUCAGACCAGGCGUACGCCACCAUUGAUCCCCACCGGAAGCGAGAAAAGCUGGCCAGCAACACACUGAAGCUUAAAAAGAAGGAUCCGGCUCAAGGUCCGGGGAGAGCCAUGACCUGCGAGAACUUUUACGAGAGUAUCGGAGAUGUGAAGCAAGGAGCGAACGCAGCAAGCACCACCACUAUCUUCACCUUUAAUGAUGGCAUGGAAAUGUAUGUUACGGGUCUAUAAAAACUUUCUGUGAAGGAUUUUGAUCUGACGGAUGAUACACACAAGAUGCAGAUGCCAACAUGCAUACGUACAACGUCUCCAAAACUAGACGGCCGUUGUAUAUUUAUGAUUAACAUACAAGGGCACAAUCAGUUCUGAAAAAACAGUUCAGACAAAAACACUGAAUUGGUUAAACCUGGUCAGAACAGUUUUCAGCAGGCAUGCUCACAAAACCCAGGGACCGUUUUUAAUCCACCUCGUGCAAUCACUAAUUUUAGAAAUGUUUUUCUCAAAUUCAAUAAGACUGUAAGUAAGAAUGAAUUGUAGCACAGGGGAGUUUCAUUAUAUAGAAAAUAUGAAAUCAGGAUGUACAUGCUGCCUCCUCUUCGAAUCGGCCAAUCAAAUUCAGUGCUUUGUGAGCACUACCUGCAUAAAAAACACAUUGAUCACAUGAGACGGCUGCUUAACUCCCUGCCCCUCUGAAAACACACCUGACUGGUUCGCUUAACCUGAGAUUGCCGGCCACCACCACAGUGUUGAAACAACACAAUACAUAGUUUACUUCAGCACAUCACACGCACAUAUAAAACAUUUUGUGUACGGCUUGACAGUUUAGAUGGUGUAGAUACAGUUUGUGUGAUCAUUUUUUGAUACGUACAACUUUGCGGUAUGUAAAAAAAAUGAAAUGCGUGGAAUUCUGUAAAAAUGAUUUUAACAUGGUAAAAUAUGUUAAGAUGAGCUGAUGGUGUUGUACUGUUAAUGGUAGAUGGAGCAUUCCUAGAUUGGCUAGAUAAGCAAACAUUCAGGGAUGACGGAUGUGCAAAACGAGAUGCACCGAUAUAUCGGCCAAUAAUCGGUAUUGGUCGAUAAAAGCAAAUUUUCACACUCUUCUUCAUCCGCUAUCGACGGACAGUUUAAAAACUAUGAAAUUGUGAUCCGUGUCUAAAAAAUAUUCAAUAUUACUAGUAAUUUUAAGAAUUAAUAACAUUCAGAUAGUUAAGAAAUAUUAAUUUAAUCAUCAGAUCCGGUAUCGGCAGAAAUGACUCUGAAUAAUUGGCUAUAGGUAUCGGGGAGAAAUUAACUACUGGUGCAUCUCUAGUUUUAAAUGAAGGUUUCGAAUUUGUUAAAAUUUGUGUGGGCCUGCUUUGAUAUUACUUUAUGUAGGGACGUCAGCUCUUAACAUUUCUGCACACCUAACAUUUUAAUUUUGUUAAUAGCAUGCCAUCUCCGCCCAACAUCAGGCGUGUCGGGUGAUACGGCACUUGUUUCUCACAAGGCUUGACAACUUUUGCAAUACGAUGAGUGACCUUUGGCCUAAAUCUCUCCACCAACAAAAAAGAUGGGAUGUCGUAGCCUAGGCAGUUAACAUGUCCAUUUCAAUGACCAUUGUUAACAUUGGAGUUUAUGAGGCUUGUAGCGUCAGAGAACCGGAAUGUUGUGGUGCGAGUACGGAGGGCAAUAAAGGCUUCUGGGUUGGCCGGGUCCACUCUCGAUCCACUGUUCUCAGUUCAGUGUGUGCCAGCGCUUCUCCCCGGCUCGCUGGGCCUCCGCCUGGCUUAGCUGUCAGGAGCAUUUCAUGGAUUCAGUGUCCAAGGAAAACACAGCAGAAGGCUUAUGGUUGCUAGUAAAUGUCUUUUGGAGAGACGUCUCAUAUUCUAGGCCGUCUGUGCGACUUGAUCCUAUUGUAAACAAUGCCUUUCCCACAUGCAUUAUGGGAGGUUGGGUUUAGGAUCGGGGGAAAUAAUAGCACAAUGGAGAAACCUCUGCAAGGGGAAACCAGUCUAUCCGUGAAGAUCUAGCUUUCAAGGCCCAUCUGCGUGACAUAAAAAGCCCCACGUAACAACUUAAAUGCAGGGUUGAUGAUUUUACUGUGCCGAGGACACUGCUUAUAAAGAACAUCAAAGUCUAUGGCAGGGCUACAGGAAGAUCCAAAAGAAAGGGAUUGAGUUAGAUAAGAAGGUCAAAUUAUUAGCUCAGGGAUGGAUAGACAAAGUUUAAAAAACAACCAAGAAACUGUCCACAUCCAUGUCACCUGCAACCUGUGGUGAGAAAAGUUGGGUUUUAAUAAAUAGCUACCGGGAUGAGAGAUUUUUACGGCACUCUAUUUUCGUAUACAACUAUAUUGAUUUAUUUAUUCCCACUUGUAGCAAUGUCUUCAAACAGCUAGUAUCACUGCCAUUCACGUGUCUCAAUGUCUCGUUCAAGUGAACUGCACCAAUUUCCUUGCUUGCGAUGCAUGCUGAUAACAAAUGUUUUCUUUAUGCUCUCUGAUGCAUCUAUUAUAAUUGUAUAUUUCAUAGCUGUGCCUCACACUAUAAUACAUAGUGCCAUAAAAGGAGUACUGGUCCCGAAACAAAGUACAGGCUGCUGCUGAGAGGUCAUGGUUCUUCUCAGGUAGCACAAGCACAUAACUGGUAAAGGAUUUGUCCGAAACAGCGGGGCUCUGGCCUCAAAGCAUCUGCAGGCCCUCCCUAUCGUUAUUAUUGCGUGUCCUUGAGACAUGACGCUGGCCAUAUUGAGGGAGGAAGCGGCUCCACUUUAGCUUGGCAGGUCCUUCCUAGCACAAAGUUCGCUUUGUACUAUGGGGGCAGAUCGGUUCUUUUGAUGUUUUUACUUCUGAGAGAGCCUGCAGUGGUCCAACCAUGCAUUGUUUCCAUUGGGAAUGGCAGGAUGAAAUCUUUCAGGCUGUGAUUUGUAUAGGCGGAGAACAUGACAUGACAAUACAAUUAUUGGCAAAAAUGUGUAUAUAUAAGAUUAUAAAAAUAAAUAUAAAAAUAUGAUUUAUACUGAUGACAUAUAUUGAUGUGAUGCAUCUACUUCACCCACCUAUUCAUGGACAUUUUAAUAUAUUGAGACAGACCAAAUCACAUGUACAUACAGAAUACUGAAAUGAAACUAUAUGAAAAAAAAGACAGACUUCGGUAUUGAUGUUUUAAGAAAGCAAUGACAGGUUUAUACUUUGUUUAUUGUGUGCAUAAUAAUACUUCUUCAUCAUAAUGUCUAUGGCUUAACUGAGUCCAAUGUGUGGUCCACCCAAAGUGUAACACAGAGUAUGGUGUAUAAAUAUAUUAAUUAUAUUCUGUGCAAAAGAUUGUAAUGUUUUCUAUCAAAAUCAUUCAUAUAAAUAUUUGUUUUUACUUUUUUAAUAAAG